AUGUCGCAGGGCAGUUUGUCGAUUUUUUGGAGCGUGACCACUGUCGCCAAACUUCUCAUAACGACAAGAUUGAUACAUACCAAGGCAGACAUCGGUAUUGAGUUACUAAUCGCAAUCUUUGAUGUGUUUGCAAUUAUAUACCUUGCGUCAGUGAGUGGGCCAAUGCAAUGGUGGAUCGAUGGCCAGAUCAUUAGAAACUCUGUGACUUAUGCUGGUGCUUGGGAAACGACGGGCGUUGUGGCAUUGAUACUGCACUUCCUUUUACACCUCAGUCUCUUCGUGUGGGCAUGGCGGCGCAAGUUCAUCUCCUGCGAGAUCACAAAAGACUCGUUGAGAGGACCAAUUUCGUUCCGAAGGCACACAGUGAGUGGUAGUCUCAAAGACGUCCAGAUUGAAACCCAGGAAAUGGACUUUGGGAAUUGGCUAGAAAAGUACGACAACUCGGCAAAGAUCCCCACUGUGAGAGCGAAGGAAGCAGGAUUUGAGCUACCACUGCACAUGACUCAAUCCAUGCAGCAUAUCAAUCGUUACGGCAACAGCUGGGAAGUUGCGUCCAUCAAUAAGUUUUGA